AUGGCCGACAUCGUUAAGAUGUUUCGGCAGAUCCGAAUCCACCCAGAUGACGCUGACCUCCAGCGUAUCUUAUGGCGGGCGGACCCGUCUGAGGAAGUCCGCGACUAUCGUCUUACCACAGUCACCUAUGGAACGGCUUCGGCGCCGUUCUUGGCCUUGCGGACACUACGGCAGCUGGCUCAGGACGAAUCAUCCCGGUUUCCGAGGGGAUCGGAAGCUCUCGGUCGCCACUCCUAUGUGGAUGACAUUCUUGCAGGUGGUGACUCUCCCAAUGAGGCCAGGGACGUCCAGGAGCAAUUGGCUGCGCUCUUGCGCGCAGGGGGGUUCGCUUUGAGCAAGUGGGCCUCCAAUUGGAGGAAUCUGUGCCCUCGCUCGGAUCAAGAAGAGAGAUUGUUCUCUACUGAGGAGGCGGUGGGCGCCCUAGGCGUCAUCUGGAACCCUCAGACUGACACUCUCGCCUUGAGAGUGUCCCCGCUUGGAGACACACGCUCUGAGGUACCAUUGGCCAUGACCAAUCGAGGAGCACUUUCGGAAGUGGCCAAGCUCUUUGACCCUCUUGGAUGGGCGGCACCGGUCCUCGUGUUUGCCAAGAUUUUUCUUCAGGAUUUAUGGCUGACUGGAUGUGGCUGGGAUGAUCCACUGCCCACGGAGCUGACACAGUCGUGGCAGACCUUCCGAGCGUCUCUGCAACAAUUGGAGGACGUGCGCUUGCCUCGUUGGGUCAAGCGCGGCUCAGACACGGUCACCCUGGAGCUUCAUAGCUUUUCCGAUGCUUCGGAGCGAGCCUAUGCCGCUGCCGUCUAUUUGCGAGCAGUGCAGAAGUCGGGCGUUGCGACACACCUAUUGGUGGCGCGAACUAAGGUCGCCCCGAUAAAAACUCAGAGCAUCCCACGCCUUGAGUUGUGCGGGGCUCUACUGCUGGCGAGACUACUCGCCCGUACCGCCGGGGAUCUUAGUCUCCCGGUAACGUCGAUCUGUGCCUGGACGGACGCGCAGGUGGUCCUCAGCUGGCUGAAGUCCCACGCUUCAAGGUGGAAGCCAUUUGUAGCCAACCGAGUGGCUGAAGUCCAGAGCCUUCUACCGAUCGACCAAUGGAACUACAUCCCAACGUCGCUCAAUCCAGCGGAUGCCGCGACGAGAGGGGUCUGCCCAGUGGAAUUGCUGACUAUGAACUUGUGGUGGCAUGGGCCGCCCUGGCUCAGCCAGCCCCGUAACACCUGGCCCGUCCAAAGCGAACCCGUCGGCGCUGCCUUCCGAGACGAAGAGCGGCGAGUAGCUGUACACGAGGCUCACACUCUCCCGGAGGAGACCUUCGUGGAAAGGUUUUCAUCUCUGACUAAGCUUCUUCGAAUAACUGCUUACUGUUUUAGAUUCUAUCACCAUGCGUCGGGACGAGAGCUUUCCCGAAAUGGUUAUCUUACUGCGGACGAGCUGCACUUUGGCCGCUGUGCGUUGGUGAGAAUGGUCCAGGAACGGGCGUUCGAGAGUGAGCUUACUGCGCUGAGAGGCGACCGCCCUGUAGCGCGUCGAUCUCCAUUGCGUGGUCUUCACCCUCUCCUUGAUGAGACAGGGCUGCUGCGCGUGGGAGGAAGGCUUCAAGCGGCUCUAAUACCGCAGACGGAGCGGCAUUCGUUGCUUCUCCCAAGGUCCGGACACUUCACGAUGCUGGUGAUCAGACACGCGCAUUUGGCUACCCUUCAUGGAGGCCCUCAGCUGAUGAGGGGCUACUUGAUGCGCCACUUCUGGAUCUUGGGCGGCGCCUCGCGAAUCCGGAUAAUCGCGCGGCAGUGCGUACGCUGUGCGCGCUAUAGAGCUGCAACAGGUCAACAGCGCAUGGGCCAGUUACCGAUGGAGAGGGUGCGUCCGUCGCGUCCUUUCCUCUCGUCUGGCGUGGAUUACGCUGGACCGCUUCGUAUACGAACCUCCAAGGGGCGAGGUCACAAGGCAACAAAGGGCUACAUAUGCCUUUUUAUUUGCCUUGUCACGAAGGCUAUCCACUUGGAAGCGGUAACGGAUCUUACGACCCAUGCAUUCAUUGCGGCUUUCCGCCGCUUUAUCUGUCGCCGAGGUCGAUGUGCCUCGCUCCUCAGCGACAACGGCACCAACUUCCAUGGUGCGGAUGCGAAACUGAAAGGGAUGUUCCAUAAAGCCUCCAAAUUUCAUCGCGAGGGGAUCACCCUCACUUUCGAGGAGCUGGCCACUUUGCUGUGCCAAAUUGAGGCUUGCCUCAAUUCGAGGCCACUGAGCUCCGAUCCACAGGAUCUCACGGCCCUUCCGCCGGGGCAUUUUUUGGUUGGCGAACCGCUUACCAACCUGCCCGAGCCGGCUCCACCCGAGGCUGCAUCCAGCUUGCUAAAUCGUUGGCGGUUGGUUUCAGCGUUACGGACUCAUUUUUGGCAGAGAUGGGCCAAGGAGUAUCUUCAUCAUCUGCAGCAGUCUACCAAAUGGCACACUGGCCGACGCAACUUUGCCAUCGGAGACCUUGUCCUGAUCAAAAACGAAGUGUUGCCCCCGGCUAAGUGGCCCCUGGGACGUGUCACGGCGGUGAGCCCGGGACCGGAUGGACUCGUACGGGUGGUCACCGUAAGGACGGCCUCCGCCGCUGACGCGCCCGGUCACCAAACUGUGUCUGUUACGCCCUGA